AUGGGCCAACAUGUUUUCACGGGAGGAGACUCGAAGUUUUUUGGGAUCAAGUGGAUGUCCAGGGCCCUCGUCUCGUCGUCUGCUGGUCUUAGUCUUACCUCUCUGCUUCUCCACCUCGGUCGACUCUUCGAACACUCUCCCGAGCCUACCUUCCUGAACUGUCCCGUCUGUCCCGUUCCUGCCCUGGACUUUCUGGAUUCUGCCUCCUGGCAACUUCACGGCCCUUCUGUGCUGCUCGGGCUGGCCCUUGGACUUUGCCUUUUUCCAGCUCUCGAGCUCAUCCUGCCCUACGUUGACUGCUUGGAACGCGCGAGUUUCUCCUACGUUGCCGGACAGCACCGUGGGAGCUCAGGUAGAGAUCGUCUGCCCCUCCAGUCCCGGUUGUGGCUAGACAUCAUAGCAGUGUGUGCAGCGGCCAAUUUGGCCUUGCCUGACGAGGCUGGUGCAGAGGUCAAGGUGCAUUGUGCAGUUGUUGGGGAUAUCAAGGGAAAGCUGUUGAUAUGCUUGCCCGGUGCAGCCUGGCACCGUGUGGUGGCGAAGAGGACGGUGCCAAAAGGUUUUCUUACCCGAGUGUUUGGAGCAGAAGUGGCAGUUGUUGCCAUCACCGAUCGUGCGGUGGAGAUUGCAGGGCAGAGCGUGAGAGUCUGGCUUGGCUAUUGCGAGCCCGAGGCGGAAGGUUCCAUAGAGGGAAGCGAUGCCACUCCAACGGUGCCGUUUGGGGCGCUCCCAACAGGCGAGCUCCUCGUGCCUUCCGUCGACGUGUUGGCCGAGCUAUGGCAAGCCCAGCAAACUGGAGGCUUGAGCACUCCGAUGCAAUCAGCUUCAGAAGGACAGGCUGGUGGAGACGGCGUUGCAGACCGUCUGGCUGCCAUAGAGAAGGCAGUUGCUACGCUGACCGCUUCUAUGGCGGCUGGUGCGGUUCUUGGGUCCACUCCGAAGGCCGCCCCGGCAAAGCCUACCGCGGGAAGGGCUGGGCGAAGCAGCCACUUGCGGCCUCCUCCCGGUGUCGACGAACAGGCGUUGGGUCCUGCUGGAGCUUACCCAGGUUUGGACCGUGGUGUCGUCGCGGCUGCUUUGGCCGCUGGCGUUCAAUCCGAUGCUCUGGCGCAGAUGUCCCGCCUAGUUUCCAGCAGUGGCUUUUCACGUCUCAAAGCCGAGCCCAAGAUCUCGGCCGCCACGAACCGCGGCGACAAAGCGAGUCCACUCGAGGAGUCGGGGGACGAAGACGCGGACCCUGCAGGGCUUGGCGCUGUGCCCGAAGCCCCAGAGUUGCCGGAGGCAGCCGAUCCAGCCGAGGCUUUCGCGAAGGCCGUGGCCAAGUGUUUCGACUCCCUCCGCGGCAAGAGCAGUUCUGCCAAGGCUUCCGCUUUGGACAAGGCGUUGGACUCCGGCGCCGGUGGGUCGCUCGAUGGCUCAUUGAGCUCGGGACGUCGCAACGCAGCGGCGAGGCGAGCGCUGAGAGAGAGCCUGAUCACCGCUCCACAGGAGCUGUCUGCUCUGAUAGAAGGUUUGAUGGCCGAGGACCUUUGUGCUUCCACACCAGGCGCUGGUACUCCCGUUCUCACCUCGACGCGCGGAUGGCUCGAACACCGAUCUCGGAUCCAGGCCUACCCAACUAUGGUGCAUCUUGUUUGGGCCAUAGGAGGGGCCUUGGACUGCCUGCGGUCUGGUCAGAUCGAACAGGCCAGGGCACGACUCAACCUGGCCAUCCUCCAAGCAGAUCAAGCCUCAAUAGACCGAGGCAGUUGGCUUCUGAGCCAGGAACUGAGUCUCGAAGUCGGGCCGCCCAUGUCUUCCUUCAAGAAACACGAGAUUGCGAGCUCCUCUGCCGAUCCAGUUUACUCUCGCUUGCUGGCCUUUGGUGAACACUCCGAAGGUUUGUGGAAAAAGCGGAAUCUGGAGCACCUCGUGUUUGGCAGUUUUUUCCCUUUGACGUUUCAACCAGAAGACUACGGGAGGAUUGGGCACAAGGUUGAAGGCCAAGCAAAAACGUUGGAGGCGCUCAGCAGAGCAGCCGCUUCCGUGUGCAGGAGCUUUGCUGGGUACCUCCCUCGCAGCACUACUGUUGCCGGUGUCACGGCGCCGGGGCCGUCCCCUGCGCUGAAAGUUGGCACUCUUGCCGGAAAACCUGACAUUGCUGCCAUGCCGAUCGUGGCCGACCGCGUUAAGCUGCCAGCUUGUCCUGCCUUUGCUCCCGCGCCUUUCAUGGAUCGCACAACAGCGGAGUUUUUUAACAGACCCUUAGAUUUUGCUCGGGUCCCCGAUCCCCUUGCUGAGAAGCCUCCUUUCGUAAAGAUCUUGGCCGAUCCUCAGCAAAAGCUGCUCCUUCUGAGAGCCUUGGCUCGCUCUGGUCGACUUGAGCCGCUCUCUUGCGUCCCGCAAGAGCGCGCGGCUUGGGGAGCCGGCCUGUUCGCAGUUGCCAAGGACGGCGAACGAGACCGUCUCGUGCUGGACGCUCGCCCCGCUAAUGAGCUUGAAAACUUUCCGGGUCGUUGGGUCCAUAGUUUAGCUAGUGCGGCUUGCUUGAGCGGGAUAGUUCUACGUCAGGAUGAGGUGCUGCUGAUGUCAGGCACUGAUCUCCAAGACUGUUUUUAUCAGUUCGCGGUGACAGAGCAGCGGGUGACCCGGAACCACCUGGCGUGCGAGCUCUCUCCUUCUGAUGCCGCCUUUGUCUUCGAGCGGUCGCCGGAUGCCUUCCGUGACUUCGGCAAUCCUGUGCUGUGCGGCCUUUCUUCUCUCGCCAUGGGCGACUCGUCUGCUUGCGAGUUCGCUCAGUGCAGCCACCUAGGCUUCGCCGCCUCCUCGAGGCUUGCUGUCUCGGUGGGACUCGUCAUAGAUGAUUUGAUCAUUUUGCAGAAGUGUUUGGAGGCCGAGCUCCAGGCAGCGAGAGCCUCUCCUGGCUCCUCCGCGGGUGCCGUUCGGCUGCAUUCAGCCCUUCGGUCGUACGACGGUGCGAAGCUUCGGUACAGCGAGAAGAAGACUUUUGAAGACAGCUUGCACGCUUCGUUUUGGGGGAUCAGCUGCUGUGGCCGAUCGGGGCUCAUCCGUGCAAACCCAGCGCGUUACUGGCCUUUGGUCCUGAUCACUCUGCGCGUCCUCCAGCUCGGGCUCGCUACGCGGGGCUUGCUUGAGAGUCUCCUCGGAUCUUGGGUCUCGGUUUUCAUGUUGCGCCGGCGUAUGUUGAGCUUGGUUGAGCUGUGCUUUAAAGCGGUGCAGGGCGGCUCCGCGCAGACCAUCUUGCGCCUGUCUCCCGAGCUGAAGUCCGAACUCGCUUCCUUCGUGUGCCUUGGGCACCUUGCGGUCGUGGACUUGCGUGCCCAGCCUUCCGGGACCAUCAUUGCCACUGAUGCUUCCAGUUCGUGGCAAGCUGCUGUGUCAGCCGAGAUUUCGCCUGCUGUUGUGGCCGAGUUUCAGCGCCACUCGUUGCAAAAGGGGGCAUGGACAAAGCUGUUGACACCGCCCUCGGCUUGGCUUAAGGAGCACAACCUUCUUGAGCCCGAAUCUGAGCUUCCUGGUGACUUCGAGUUCUCCGCACAUCCUGUGGCCGAGGCUUUCGCUAGGGUGUGCCUAGGUUGCUUAGUCAAAGGCCGGAGUGCAAGCCCCAUCCUCAACCGAAAACUUCGGGCUUCUCUGGGUCCGCUUCUCGGCAGUCGGCUGUUUCCCUGCCACCUCUUCUUGCCUUCAGCUUUGAACCCGGGCGACGACCCAACGCGAAACACUCAAGUUAGAUUGCCGUCUUUGGCAAAGCCUGACUGGUGGCGUGCCUUGGAGGUCGGGGACACUGGGCCCUUUGACGAUUUCCUGGCGGCGGCCGGUGCUGACUCUGAUGCGAGCGCCCGUUUUGUGCAGGAUGACCUCUGCCUCUUGGGUGCCUCUCGCCCGGCCGUUUUGAAGUCGAACCGUGAGCGCGGGCUCUCUGCUCGCAUGCCCAGGCCACUUCGGCGAUCUCCUGAGGCCGUCGUGCCUUCUGCGUGGGUGGACUUGUCUGAGGGCAGCGCUGUCACUUCUGCCACCGUGCGCUCUGUGAUGGCGCUGCAAGCGUUUCCGGUUGAUCUGUUCAGGUGCUCUCCCGGGCAAGCGCUGGAUUUGACACAGCUUGGCGUACUGGUGCUGUACACUUCGCAGGUGAGUGUCGUGAACGCCUUCCUCCGUGCAGGGGCCCCUUGGGUGCUUGCUUUUGAUGCCCAAAGAGGAGCCGAUCAAGACCUUUCGUGCCCUGAGCUUCGGUCCAAGUUGGAAGCUCUCAUCUCGGCCGGUGCUUUUCGGAUAGUGGGCGCUCGCCUUCUCUGUUCUUGCAAAACUCGUCACCUGCGGCUCGUCGGCCACUCCCCUGCUGAGAGGCUCCCGUGGACUUCUGUCGCCUCGCGAGUUCCGGCUGGGUUCGCCGAUGCCAUUGCAGUGGGUUUGUGCAGUGCUGCUCAGUGGAACGCUCGCCGAGCGCUGGAUGCCGCGGCUUGUGCAAAGCUUGGCAACUGUUGUCGGGUUGGUGAAGCUAAGAAUCCCGGCCCUCGCAGGCGGUCAGUUCGUCCUCCCGGUGAUCUGGAAUCACAGCCUUUGCAGUCUCAGACUUCGCUCUUCUUGGGCGAUUCGGCGUGGCGCUCCUUCCUCUCGUGGGUCUCCUGUCACCUGUCUGUCGAUCCGGUGUCCCUGUUCGUCUGCUGUCCCAUCCUCGCCGCCAUGGCUCUGCGAGCGUAUGGUAAUCAUCUGUACUGCAGCGGCGGGUCCAAGCACAGCUUCAGGUACACUCUGGUUGGGGCUCAGCGAGCCAUUUUGACUCUGCGAGGUUGUCUUGCUCCUGCUUGGGAGAUCUUGACGAGGUGGGAGGCGGCUGAACCGACGAUACACCGGACUCCUAUUCCGGAGCCCCUGUUGCGAGCGAUGGUCUGCAUCGCGUGGCUUGGUGGCUUCAGGAGGUGGUGUGGCUGCGCUCUCCUUGCCUUCUACGGUAUGGCGCGGAUUGGUGAAGUUUUGUCCUGCGAGCGACGGCAUUUGGUGUUGCCUGAGGACCUCUUCGACUUCACCCCUUCGGCCUUCCUGCGCCUCGACUCUUCCAAGACGUCGUUGCGCGGGAGGCCGCGGGUACAGCACAUUCGCGUUGAUGACUCGGAGGCUCGUUUGCUCAUCAAGCAUGCGUUCGGCAGCCUUGCUCCUGGUGACAAGCUAUUCCCGUUCAGCCAUGCUGCUUUUCGCACGCGCUGGGACAAGUGUCUCGCGUCGCUGGGACUUCGAGGUCUGGUCUCUGUAACUCCGGGCGGUCUGCGAGGUGGCGGUGCCGUCGCACUGUACCAUCGCGGCCUCCCUGUAGCGGAUAUACAGUGGCACCUGCGUCUUAAGCACAUGGCUACCCUGGAGCACUACCUGCAGGAAGUGGCAGCUCUCACAGCCUUGAACGAGGCCACCGAGGAUGCAAAAUCAUAUAUUCGCACGGCUCUGCAAAUUUUUCCUUUUCUGGUUGCUACCGCCACCGCGCGCUGA